ACGCACGCAGCCGUGACCUCGGAGGCAGAGUAGGGGGAGGUGGGGGCGACAUGCAGCGAGCUGCCCUCCCCCUUUAAACACGUCACUGGCGGGCUGGCUGGCUGCUAUCUGGCGGUGUGGUGUGUGCGGUCGCACUGUGGUUGUGUUUCAGCUCUGACCGUGUUGAUAACGACACACUUCGGGCGCAUUUCCUCGCGUAGACAUGGGAAUUCAGAAGACAUGGCUCUGAGACAAACGGCCCUAACGCUGCUGGCCCUGCUCGGGCUAGCGGCCGUCAGUGACGCUUUACGCUGUAACUGCACAACCUGCGAGGACACGGACGAGUGCGAGACAGAUGGCGCCUGCAUCGUUUCAUCAUACAAGGUCGGGGAGAGGCAAGUGCUCAUGCGGCACUGCAUCACCCAUGACAAGAUGGCUCCCCCCAUCUACUGUAAGAGUGCCGAAGGCUUCCUAAACGUUCACUGCUGCUUUGCAGAUUACUGCAACAGUAUUGACUUGAAAGUCCCAGCCACAACAAAGGCUGGGGACUGGUCGGCCUCGGGGAACUCCUGGGGGCCAGUGGAGCUGGUUGCGGUCAUAGCAGGGCCCGUGUUCCUGCUCUGCGUGCUGCUGAUGGUUGGCGUGUUCCUCUUCCAGUAUCAUCAGAGAGCCUACAGCCACAGACAGAGGCUGGAGGUGGAGGACCCCUCCUGUGACCACCUGUACUUGGCCAAGGACAAAACCCUGCAAGAUCUUAUCUAUGAUAUGUCCACCUCAGGAUCAGGUUCUGGGCUGCCCCUGUUUGUGCAGCGGACCGUGGCCAGGACAAUCGUGCUGCAGGAGAUAAUAGGAAAGGGACGUUUCGGAGAGGUAUGGCGGGGGAAGUGGAGAGGGGGAGAUGUUGCAGUGAAGAUCUUCUCAUCCAGAGAGGAGCGCUCCUGGUUCAGAGAGGCUGAAAUCUACCAGACAAUCAUGCUUCGGCACGAAAACAUCCUGGGAUUCAUUGCAGCAGACAAUAAAGACAAUGGCACAUGGACACAGCUGUGGCUGGUGUCGGACUAUCACGAGCACGGCUCUCUCUUUGACUACUUGAACCGCUACUCGGUCACCAUCGAGGGCAUGAUCAAGCUGGCACUUUCAGCUGCCAGUGGACUGGCGCACCUUCACAUGGAGAUCCUCGGCACUCAGGGUAAGCCAGGCAUUGCUCAUCGGGACCUCAAGUCUAAAAAUAUCCUUGUUAAGAAGAACGGCACAUGUGCCAUGGCUGACCUGGGGCUGGCAGUCCGCCACGAGUCCAUCACAGACACAAUCGAUAUAGCGCCGAACCAGCGCGUGGGCACUAAGAGGUAUAUGGCUCCAGAAGUCUUGGACGAAACCAUCAACAUGAAACAUUUUGAUUCCUUUAAGUGUGCAGACAUCUAUGCGUUGGGCCUGGUGUACUGGGAGAUCGCACGCCGCUGCAACACAGGAGGUAUUCACGAGGACUACCAGCUGCCCUACUAUGACCUCGUGCCCUCUGACCCCUCCAUAGAGGAGAUGAGGAAGGUGGUUUGUGACCAGAAACUGAGGCCCAACGUACCCAACUGGUGGCAGAGCUACGAGUCGCUGCGUGUGAUGGGGAAGAUCAUGCGAGAGUGCUGGUACGCCAACGGAGCGGCCCGACUGACGGCUCUGCGCAUCAAGAAGACUCUGUCUCAGCUCAGCGUGGAGGAGGACGUCAAGAUGUGAGCGGCCGCCGGCCAGGCGACAGAAAACGAGGCGCGCUAGAGACGCAUAACCCGACCACACUCCCAUAGGAAACAAACACUAAAAACAGACUGCAAAUGGAGAAAAACAAAAAAAGACAACAACCCUGCCAGUUUAAAGCCACACUCCAAGUUGUGACAAGGCCUACCUCACCUUUUUAGCCAGAACUACUGAAAGUCACCCAUCCCUCUCCUUUCUCCUACCCACUCGCCUCCCUCCGCUCCUCAUGUCUCUCACCUGCUCCCAUCCACCGCCUCUACUAAUCCACAAGGCCACAUUACAACACUACCACUGUUAAUAGCAUACACUCAACCUCCUUUCAUUUCCCAGGACAGAAAUUACUGUACAGUGACUUUUUUUAAAUUUUGUUUUAUUUUUACCUCGGUUUGCUUCAGUGACAGAUCUAAAAGUUUUCCUUUUUGUGGAUUUCAGAAAUAACACUGCGGUUGUUUUGCAAUAUCUCUCCGUCGUCGUGUGUGUGUGUGUGUGUGUGUGUGUGUGUGUGUGUGAGGGAGAGGACGGGGGCUGAAGUACUGUUUCUAUUUAUGCGUUCGGGUGUAAAAGGUGGCUGGACGUCGAGCAUGUUUCUAAGAUGGUGUCUUCUAAAACAGGCCGUGGAUCAUUAGACAAUUUAUUGAGUGAAAGAAAGCUGUCAUUUGAAAUGAAGCAUGAAUAUCCAGGUUGUUUUUUAAUCUAACCCACUUGAAUAUGAUGCAAAAAGAAAUUACAGGUAAAAAAAAAACAAAAAAAAAACACGUUUGCGUUCGCUGUGGAAAAAUACAUAACUGUUUUAUUUCUAACAAUAAGUCAGACUAAACUUUUCCUGUUUUAGGUUAGUUUGGAUCAUUAAAUGUAUUUUAUGUGCUAAAUCCCAGAAUAUUGAGGUAAUUAAAAAAAGCUUUUAAUUAAAAAGUUUGCAUACACCACAAUUAAUAUGCCUAUAAACAGUGUGAGAAAGCCCAGAUGAUGACCUGGUACACCUGACCACGCCACUAACACACUGCUUUCUGAUGGGACAUCAUGGAAAAAUCAAAACGAAAUCAGCAAAAGCUCUCAGGGAGAGAAUUGUGGACCUCUGUGAGUCUGGUUCAUGCUUGGGUACCAUUUCCAGAUGUCUGAAGGUCGCCACGUUCAUCUGUUCAAACAAUUUUAGGCAAGUAAGCACCAUGGGUCUGUUCAGCUACCGUACCAUUCAGGAAGGAGGCUGGUUCUGUUGUCUGAGAUGACUACGGUUUGGUCAACCUCAGGCCAAAAGUAAAAUACCUUGUGAAUCUGGUGUGUGUCAAUAUCCACUGGGAAACGAGUCAGUUUCCCACACAGGCUGAAAGGCCACUCUGAGAGGAAGAAGCCAUGUUUCAAAAAUAAACAGGAUGAGCUACCUUUCACUUUGUAUUUGCACUCAGGUACAAAGUCCCUCCUUCAGGGGGUUGCUGCAGGGGGGACUGGUGCACUUCACAAAUGAAGUCUUCCAAUGGGCCCUACCACAUCUCUAAAUUAGCAACAGUGAAGGUUUUGGAGUAGCCACCAUAAACCCCUGAUCUCAGUCCUGUAGAACAUUGGUGGUCAGAGCUGCAGCCUAGAAACCCUGACCCAGUUACAUCAGUUCUGUGAGGAGGAAUGGGCCCAAAUCCUGGCAAACUAUGUUGAGAAGCUUGGGGAAAGAUUCCCUAAAUGUUUGAUCCAAGUCGGUCAGUUUAAGGUUAUAUUUCUUUACUACUCAAAUACUAACGAAAUGUAGGCAGAUUUCUGAAUUUAAAGAACGUUCAAGAAAUUCAUUAUUCUGGCAUUCAGGAAUAAUUUAGGUAAAACUAAGUGACAUAGAACAGUAAAAUAAAAGGUUAUGUGUCUUCUUACAGUGUACGUAAACGUCCAGUUUAAACUAGUUGCACUCCGCUGUAGCUUCCCGGCGCCUGCAGGCACCACAUUUAUGGGAUGUGGUCCAGUCCUGGAUUUAGUUUGAAAUGUGGCAGGUAUUAUGUUUGGGAUGGUUUUACCGUUUUAUUUAUUUGUUUAUAGCUUGUUUUUUUUUUUUCUUUAUAAAUUUGAUGAACACUGUGAGAUGAGAUACGACAAACCAGAGACAAAGACGUUAAGAUUAAUGGGUUGUUUCAUUCAUUUUGGUUGAUGCUCAGUCUGAAUAUGAAUGUAGCCAUUAACCCAGUCGGUGACGGGCGUAUGAAAUGGCAAUGAAAAGUUCUUUUUUUCUUUUUUUAUUGUUAUAUAUUUGUGGGUUAUUUUUGUAAAGAGGUCAUAAUGGCUUUUUUUCUUACUUUGACAUUAGACACUACUGAUUAUGGGUACAUGUGAUUUAUUUGUAUAUAAAACAUGCAUUUUUUUCUUCUCUCUUAUUUGCCACAGCCCCAGUGUGACAUAAAGACUUUUAAUUGGACGGUACUUUCACAGAUCUCUCGUUUUAACCUGUUUGCAUGGUUUCUAACUGUGCUAACAAAGAUUGUUAAAUGCUGGACCCCCCGACUUGCUCCUCUCAUGGCGGUUUGGUGGUACUACUGACACCUCCAUCUCCUGCUCAUUUUGACACUGGAAUACAUAAGAACAUUGUGUUAAUUGUUAAUACUGCCACUGGCCCUUUUACCAGGAAUCCAGACACACUGCUGACCGAUCACAGACGUUGAACAUGCAGAUAGAUGUGGAACGUAGUGGAGAACCUUCAAAGACAGAUGCGUGAAACUGCAUGUUUUCAUUCUACUUCUGCAGACCAGACUAUGAAAGUAUUACACUGAUAUCUGUCACCCAGGGCUCUGCACUGUUAUGUUCACAAGGGCGUUAAUGUUUGUCGAAGCCAUCACCCGAACCAUGUGUCAAGUUUCAUAUCUGUUUUGCAUGCCAUCUCAAACACUGGGCCCUCUGCUCCUACAGGUUGAUUUUCUUGUUUUAGUUCUGUCUGUGUUUGGGUUAUUGGCUGCGCACCCCAGAAAUGUUGCUGCUACUGUUUAACAUGGGUAGAAGUGUAGCGGAAAAGAGAGAUUGGAGCAGAAGAGGGAGAAUGAUGUCAAGUCGAACCAAAAUUGUCUAAACACUCCUGUCCAUGUUUGGUGUGUUGCCAUCGGUAUUCGAUCAUCGUGUUUAUAGGUAAAACUUCGAAUUUCAGUGAUGAUAUUGUGCUGAUCUUUUCUGAUUUAGUUCAAAAGUGUAUAUAGACAAUAUACAAUAAAUUCCUCUUUUUCUUA